AUGACAGAAUCCUCACCAGAGACACCAUUACUCCCCAAAAUCCCCUGCACCUGCCCCCGGGGCUCCGAGUGUUCCCUCCGCUGCUACGCCCUUCUUCCCGACAUUCGGCCUUACUACUCUUCAGAUUUAGAUUCCUCCCAACAGUUACAGAACUACCGCCUCCGUCUCAAACAGCGCAUCCGCACAGCUUUCGACCAUCUACACUCCCUUUUCCAAUCAUUUAUAUCUUCUUCUGAUAAUUCUUCUACUACUACUUCUUCCACUUCUUCUCCCAGCAUAAGCCCAAGCCCAGACCGAGAUGCUGCUGCUGCUGCUGCUGCUGCUGCUCGCCAUCUCCGUCCCAGUUCAUAUUUGAAAAAGUGGAACUCAUCAACAGAAGGGCAAGAUAGUAGCAUCUCCUCUACCUCCACCUCCACCUCUGCCUCCUCUGACGUUGAUAUCCCAACCCCAAACCUCGUGCUGCAAUGUCUUCAAACCCUCGUCGACCGCUCCCGCAACAGGAACCAGCGAUUGAAUACCCAGUUAGCCGAAGCGACUGCCGAAGAUAUGGAGCCCUUACCGAUAUCACUCUUUGAACUGAGGGCCAGAGUCUUGUUCGAUACACUAAUAACCGAUUACGAGUUCUUCCUGAUGGAUCUGGUUCCUUAUUACAGAGAGGACUGGCUGGUGGAGGGGAGAGGUAGGUGUUUGAUGGCGGAGUUUGUGGGGGAGAUUACGAGGACGGAGAAGAAAUUGGGGAGGUGGAUCGGGAAUAUACUCUAG